AUGGAAAGGGCCUGCCACCGAGGAGGGCCGGCGGACGGGCCUGCCACGGGGUGCCAGCGAGCACGGGAAGAAAGGCGUCCGCGGUCGCUGAUCCUCCAAAACAGAGGCCACCCAUCAUUGGUCCUGACCGAUGGGCAGGUGCCCACGGAUGGGCAGCGGGCUUGGCUUCCCGGGGCGGCCCGGGACCCCGCGGGCGCCGCGCACAGCCGACCCCAGGGUGGCACCCGGAACGCAACCCCCGGGCUUAACAACGCAGGCAAAGUAGACAGAGGCCUGAGCUCGGCCAGCAGGCAGGAAGCGCCGCAGACCCGGGAGGCCAGGCGGCAGGAAGCGCCGCAGCUGACCCGGGAGGCCAGGUGGGCUCCUUUGCAGCUGAUCCAGGAAGGCCAGGCAGCAGGAAGCGCCGCAGCUGACCCGGGAGGCCAGGGGGCCUCCACCGCAGCUGACCCGGGAGGCCAGGGGGCCUCCGCCGCAGGCUGCCCAUCAAGAGCCCUUUUCCGAGGACGCACAGUGGAAGCCCCGCGCCGCCGCCGGGGACCGGCAACCGAGGGGAGAUGGCACAGCCACCCUUCUCUAGUGCCCGUGCUCCUGGCCUUGCUCGGAUGUGGCCAGUGGCACCAGAGAGAGCACAACUUCGUUGUAUUUUCUAAAUUGCCCCUGAGAGCCACGCAUUCGACCACACUCAAGGAUGUGACUGGGCUCGUGGAGCUGCUCUUGUGGACCUCUGCGGGCCUCCGGGAGCGGAGCGGGGCCCAGGCGCGUGGCAAAACCCCCCCGUGCGUGCCGCAGAUCGCACCCGAAGCCCUGCGCUGCCCCCGGGUUCCAGCUCCAGCCCCUCCGGCCGAGGCGGGCGAGCCGACGGGACAGGGGCUUCGGCUGACCGCAGAGGGCUCUCCGCCCGCACGUCUGGUCCUCGGAGAUGGGGACUGGUCAUUCGUCCACACGGACAUCUUUGCCAAGACUCAGAUAGACCCCGGGGCCUUGGUUCAGAAGCUGGAGCUGGACCAGAAGAGUGUGGUCUCCCUGAAGAGAGGUUUGGAGGCAAAGGCCAUCUUGCCUAAGAAGGAGAAACUGAGGCUGCGGCGUGAACGAUGGCUGCAGAAAAUUGAAGCCAUAAAGUUGGCUGAGAAGAAGCUGAGAGAAGAGCGGAAACGCAGGGCCACGGUGGUCGUGGGGGACCUGCACCCCCUGAGGGACGCCCUGCCUGAGCUGCAGGAACUGGAGGCCGGCGGCCGGCGACAAACCGGAAGCAGGGAGACCCGCAAGCCUAGGUCAGCAGAGCUCAGCCGCAUGAGUGCAGCCCAGAGACAGAGACUCCUCGAAGAAGAAAGGAUCCGGUUUCAGGAGCUCCUGGCCAGCCCGGCCUAUAGAGCCAGCCCCCUGCUGGCCAUCGGGCAGCAGCUAGCUCAGCAGAUGCAUCUGGAGGGUGGUAGCCGGUUCUGACCAGGCGAUGUGUACGCCAUGAGCCCCAAGGGACCCUGAGAGGGGCCAUAUCCUCCGGAUUGUUCUCCGAGCCUGGUGGACACCCCCUAUCCAGCACAGGGCCUCUUGGUAAUAAAGUGCCUUAUGGACCC